CCACGAUGGAGCGUCGACAUGACUGGCCCAAUGCCAGACUCAGCUCCCUCCAGCCUCGCAUUGAAAAGGAAAAGAAACGAUGAGCUCGGCGGAAUUGACGAUUUCGGAUCAAACACACCCGAAUUUAGCAACACAAAACGCGGAAGACCGCGAAAGGCAACUACCCCGGAUGCGGCGCUCGAAACAGAGACCGCGUCCAGUAAGACAGCGACCGACCAGGGCGACAGUCUAGACUCGAACCGCGACGCGAUAGCCCAGACCGGCAAAUCUGAACAGGCGAAGCCAAAUUCCAAGUCUACCAGAACGAGAGCCCAAAAGGUGACCAAGAGCCCAUCACCCAAGCGCACACCCUCCGCACCCUGGCCGGAGGCCUUCAAAAGUUUAGCUCAGACCCACCGCGCCCUGAACCUGGUGUACACAUUCUGCUGCACGCGCAAACACUUCGCCACGACGUUCGAGAAUAUCCGGAAAGCGGUGCAGGCGCAACUGGGCCAUGGUCGCGAGCUGACUGUCGAGGAUAUUGCACGGGUGAGGGUUCUUGUGCCUCGGGCGGUGAAAUUCGAGUAUGUGGACGAGGCCAAGUUGGAGGUUAUGACGGUGGGGGAGAAGGAAACGGCGAGGAAUCAGUCUUAUGGCCUCUCGCAUCCGGAAUGCGAUGCGGCUGACAUUGAUGCGGAUGUUCAGACGAAGGAGGUGUUGCUGUUUGAGUUCCUGGACGGGGAUCUGAAGCGCGAGGUGCGACAUCCGAAGAACGGGGAGCCCACGAAACCCGUGCGGAAGAUGAAGGACGAGGAUCUGAAGAUGCCCGUGUACAGUCAAAAGCAGAUGCUUGCUUUGAUUGAGAAACGGAAUAAAAAGUUCUCUGACGCGAUUGAUGCGUUCCUGGUGCGGUGCGAGGAUGACGGCAGCGAUCCAGUUGAGAGGCUGGAAAGGGAGAAGGACGCAUGGAUUCCGAGUCCUCCUGUGUCUGAGGAUGACAACCUAGAAACGGCGAAACUCCUCUCGAUGCCGCCUCGCGAGAUACCGAAGGAGCGCAAAUCCAUGGCAGAGAUUAUUGAAGAGAUUCGUGCAAUGGAUUGGUACUUCGCUCAAAUCGUACCUGAAGGCCAUAGAGUGUUUGAGGCUCAGUUGCCAGUCUACGGAGACUUGACUUUUCAGCUCUCGCAAGAUCUCGUUAAUGCUUUGUACAACACAAAGGGCAUAACACAGUUCUACUCGCAUCAGGCGGAAGCGAUCAACUCCUUAUACGCCGGUCAAGAUGUCAUUGUAUCUACGUCUACAAGCUCCGGCAAGUCACUGAUCUACCAGGUCCCAAUGCUUCAUGAGCUUGGAAGAGACCCUAACAGCCGCGGCAUGUACAUUUUCCCCACUAAAGCUCUCGCACAGGAUCAGAAGCGCAGCAUGAAGGAGCUUCUGCAAUUUAUGGACGGCUUGCAGGACGUCAUGGUCGAAACAUUCGACGGCGAUACACCGAUGGGGAGUCGCAACCUCAUUCGUGACGAGGCCCGCAUUAUAUUCACCAAUCCGGACAUGCUGCACAUCACGAUAUUACCGCAGGAAAGUUCUUGGCGCACCUUUCUGAAGAACCUGAAAUUUGUUGUCGUCGAUGAGUUGCAUGUCUACAACGGCCUAUUCGGAUCACACGUUGCAUUCAUCAUGCGACGGCUGCAUCGGAUCUGUGCUGCGGUGGGCAACCGACACGUCCGGUUUAUAUCCUGUUCUGCGACCGUAGCCAACCCUGAAGAACAUAUGAAGGCAGUAUUUGGCAUUGACGAUGUCAGACUGAUUGAUUUCGACGGUUCACCGUCAGGCCGCAAGGAGUUCUUAUGCUGGAACACCCCUUACAAAGACCCUAAUGACUCCACAUCAGGACGCGGAGACAGUGUUGCUGAAACUGCCCGCCUCUUCUGUCAGUUGAUCCUCAGAGGCGCGAGAGUAAUUGCCUUCUGCAGGAUCAGGAAAACGUGCGAGAUACUACUACAAGCCGUACGGAACGAGUUUCAGGCCAUCGAUAGACCAGAAGUUGGAAAACUCGUCAUGGGUUACCGGGGCGGCUACAGUCCGCAAGACCGACGGAAAAUUGAGAAAGAGAUGUUCGAGGGCCACCUACUAGGGAUUGUCGCUACGAACGCCCUCGAGCUGGGGGUCGAUAUUGGCUCUCUCGAUGCUGUAAUCACUCUUGGCUUCCCUUAUUCCAUCUCCAACCUGCGCCAGCAGAGCGGUCGAGCUGGACGUCGAAACAAGGAUUCUUUGUCUGUGUUGGUUGGCGAUAGGUAUCCGACCGACCAAUACUACAUGCAAAAUCCAGAUGAACUGUUCACAAAACCCAACUGCGAGCUACAAAUUGAUCUUUCCAAUGAGCUGAUUCUCGAAGGACAUAUGCCGAUCCGGCCAGACGAGGAUCGAGUCUAUUUUGGAGAGCAACUGCAUGAGCUCGCGGCCACGAGACUCGUGAAGGACACCUUUGGAUUCCGACCUCAUCCUUCCCGUUGUGUGCCCAUUCGUGAUACAGAGGACCAGCAUUUUGCCAUCAUUGACGCGACAAACGCACGCAAUGUCAUCCUGGAGGAAGUGGAGGCUUCUCGCGGCAUCUUUCUGCAUCAGGGCCAGACAUACCUCCGGUUCGCUCGCGUUCUCAAGGUUCACCGCGAUUACACCGAUAUUGACCCCAUUGAAACGGAACUGAUGCGGCAGAUCAAUCAGACCUCCGCCUCUCGCGCAUUCUACGGCUCGGUGCAGAUCCACGCAGUUCGCGGACGUGUGCUGGAUGCCGUGGCGGUGGACAACCCGCCGAUCGACAUCUUCACCAAAGGCAUGUGGCUCGAUAUCCUCGAAUCAAGACGCCUCAACAUCGCUGCCGCUAUUCACGCAGCCGAACAUGCUGUCCUCUCCCUGCUCCCUACGUUCGUCAUCUCCUCGCCCGGCGACGUCAAAACGGAAUGCAAAAUCGCGAACGAGAUGCGCGAUCAACAAAUCAAAGAGAACGUCAGGAAUCUUCAGCCCCCGGCCCGGCAACGACCAGCGCGUCUCACCUUCUACGACGCCAAGGGCGGCUCUAAAGCGUUCGAGUUCAUCGACGUCCUGCUUCGCCGCGCGUGCAUCACACCGCAGGGAUGUAUGGAGGAGUUGAAUUCCGUGAUGAGCAAGGCGGGGGCCCGCGUCGUGCUGCGCUGUCUGCUUGGUUGGGAUGUCGACAUCGAUGCUCUGCCUUGGGACGGACUAAGGGAAUUGGCGGGGGGACUGGAAACCGUCAUCCCGGCGACUGAAGUACCGUUACGUCGUCAGUCUCGUAACGAUGGUGCGUGAUUACACUUCCAGUGUGUAUUGCCGGUAUCACAGUGCGCAUAUCAUCCAGCAUUGUUGUCCGUGCCUUCUAUCUCCUGUGUAUAUGAUAUAGUACUUAGAGUAAAGUCAUGACCUUUUCCCGGUCC